UCCUUGUACAGCAGUGAAUAUUGUGAAAGAGACAGUUGUUCGGCAUUUCAUAUUGAGCUACCAAGUAAUGCCUCAGGCGUCGACUCCCUGGUUGCAAGGGAAACGAACCACGGAACGAGGCAAGUGUUCACCUCAUCCAUCGCACUUCGAGCGCAUUCUUCUGAACACGAUGGGUCCUUCCAGGGGAAUUCAUAGCGAGGCGACCAGCGAUGUUACCCUGUACAUUGAAAUGCCGCAACGUCCGUGGACGCCUGCAAGUGUAUUCACCCGAAAGCCCCUCCGACGACACCGCGAACCUGCUGAGGCAGGUGUUCAAGUAUCUGCCGUCAGAUGGCCGGAGACAUCUAGCGGAUGACAUUCUGCAGUGUGCCUCUGACAGCCAGGUCCGCCAGCUGGCGGAGAGCGUCGUUACUGGCCUCCUCACCCCGCUGAAGGCCGCUGGCCUCAAAACAGCAUCCGUCACGCCUUCCCCUCGAAUUGGGCUGGAGGACUCGAUCGAAAAUCUUGGCGGCAUGGUCGAGGAGCCUAUGACUCGGAAGCAGCAGGAACUCCGUGAUCGUUGUCUGCCCCGAGACGGGAAUCGAUGUGUCGUCUCCGGCGUCUUCGACUGGAACAACAGGGACAUUCCGGACGGCAAGCCACUGGGUUUCCUUGAAGCGGCACACAUUGUGCCCUUCAGCCUGGCCACCUUCCGGGAUCAUGUGGAGCGCGACUACAUUGUCUCUGUCUGGACCAACAUGUUUCGUUACUUCCCGAGCCUUCGGUCGAGGCUCGGGUUCGAAUACCGCAACAUAAACGAUCCCAGAAACGUCAUGAUGUUGGAGGCCGGCGUGCACUCGCAUUUUGGCCUGUUCAAACUCGCCUUAGAGCCCACAGAGACCCCGAACCAGUAUCAGAUCAAAACGUUUGGGCCCGUCAUGGCGUCUACCGACUUGAUACUGCCGCAGAGUCGGCUUGUUACCCUUGUGGCCCAUGACGGGCGGGAGGAGCUGCCUUCCCCGAUUCUUCUGCAGCUCCAUGCGGCGAUCGCAAGCAUUCUUCACGCCACAGGGCGCGGCGAGGCCAUCGAGAAGACCUUCAGAGACUACGGCAACAUCGAGGUACUUGCCCGUAGCGGCAGUACAGACAUCAGCCGCCUGCUCUCGGUGAGCAGUCUCCAGCCAGCAAUCGUCUCAUCUAAUGUUCGCCCUGCGCAGACCGAGACUACCACAGCUGAGGAUGAGCAGCAGCAGAUGAAGCACCCCGUGAAUGAAUAGUAGUGGAUGGGCGCAGGAACGCCGUCGGGAUAUCUUCCUUUCUUUAAUAGCGUAAGACCUUGCUACGAGACAUGAUAAUGAAAUAUAUGAUUACGACAGUGCUGUGUUCAUAGCCUAGGUUACUCUAUAUUCUAACAUACUAGAGACCUUCGAU